AUCAGUUGAAAGGUGUGUGACGUUUGUUUAGAAUUUGAUGGAUCGAUAUGACAAGUUAUCUUGUGAGUGUGCGAUCAACGGUCGAGUGUGAGUGUGCCAAAUGUAUGGUCAUGUUUGUCCAAGGUGUGCUGUCCAUGGUCGGAUGCUCGUUCCAAACCCCUUUUUACAUGCUUAUCUUACGGUCUUUACAAUUUCAUGAUGUGUUGAUGUGUGUAUGACCGUCCACCAAAAUCAUGUCUAACCGAAUAUGACUAAAAUGACCUAAAAUUUUAGUAUAGGAGAUAUGACUAGUUGUCUCCUCUUCCUAUUCGAGUUAUAUGAUAUCAAAGUUUUCUAAAAUAUUUCUCUAAAAUGUGACCGGAGGCUCGAGCACAAGUGGUUAGGGUUAGAACAACCCAAGAGUGUAGGGUGCAUUCAAACCUAGAUGAACUGGGACGAACCCUAACGAUUUCAUCCGAGUUCGCCAGAGCCACUGGAUCAAGAUCAAAUACUGGGAGUUCGCCGCCGCUGGCUGAAUCUCAAGAUAAGCCAGAUUACUACACUCGAUGUGAUUGAACUCGAUGUCUACAUCAAUGUCUCCGCCAUCUGCGCUAAUCUCCUACCGACUUGCUCAAAGAAUCGGCCGGAUUACCUGGCCGCGGCUGGCCGAUUCCAGUCAAUCGAAACGCCGGUGAAGAAACUCCAGGCCGUAAUGCGAGCGCUUGCAUCAGUGCCGGCGACUGUAUACCUUGAUUGCCGCCGCAGCAACAAACGGCGGAAACAACUUCACCGAGCUCUCUCCUUCAAUUUCGAGUUCUGUUGAAAAAUCUCUGGAAGGAAAGACCGCCACGCCAGGGCUGGAUCAAAUCCGUAAGUACGAUUUAGAAUAUUGAGAUGAUUGAGGAGGAAUAUUAAUUGCGAGUUCUACAUUUCUUUUUCCACGGUGAUUUGGAAUGUUUCUGUGAUGAUAAAAUCAUAAUUUAGGCAAAAUUCGUUGCAAGUUCUUCAUUCUUUUGGCCAUCUGAACUCUAUGAUCCGACAUUUGAGGAUCACCUUAAUCUCCAUAAACUCUGCUCUUUAUAUAACUCACCAUCUUCUUCAAACUUCUCUCUGUCUCCACUCACCAAAUCCUCAAACCACAAAGCUUUUUUGAUACAUCAUAAUGUCUGAUGAUGCUCAAGACAAAGUUGACCGUGACCGUAUUUUCAAGCGUUUUGAUACCAAUGGCGACGGUAAGAUCUCUUCAACCGAGCUCGGGGAAUCAUUGAAAACACUUGGCUCUGUUACCAACGACGAAGUUCAUCGGAUGAUGGCCGAGAUCGAUACUGAUGGCGACGGGUUCAUUUCGUAUGAAGAAUUCACAAAUUUCGCCCUUGCCAACCGUGGAUUAGUGAAGGAUGUUGCAAAGAUUUUCUAGAUAAUGUUUUUAUACGCUUGUUUUUGUUUGUUUGAGUUCUUGUUCUGUUUAUGUUUGUUUCUUCUUCUUUUUCUUUUUCUUAAAAAUGUAUCUUUCUUGUCGUUCUUGAUUUGGAACAUUUUGCAUUAUGGAAAUAUUGUUUGGGAUGUUAA